ACACAAACACGAACGCGCCUAACUGGCUGACGCUACACUGUGGCCUUUCCGGGUCUUUCCACGCCUCGACCCUACUCCUGUGGAGCUGGGCCGGAGGGAGAGCCAGGUACGAUCCUCACCAGGAAUGGAGAUGAAUACAAGCGACUGGCAAAGUAGGAGAAGGCUUGGGAGAAGAAGCCAUCAGCAGAACCGCUGGUUCAGACAGCACGAUUCUGAUGAGAGGCAAGUGUGCUGAGGCUGGGUGGCCAGCUUUUGCCCAGGGCCGUUCUGGCAUUGUCAGCACGGUGCAGCUCACACUCAGGCACAACCCAGGGACAGCACAGAGCCCACAGGACUCUGCCCAGAGAGAUGAUGAGGCCCCAUCAACGUCGUCCAGUGCAGCUGGGAGCUCUUCUGCACCAGAUCUACCAGGGUUUUACUUCGACCCUGAAAAGAAGCGCUACUUCCGCCUGCUCCCUGGACAUAACAACUGCAACCCUCUGACAAGGGAGAGCAUCCAACAGAAGGAGAUGGAGAGCAAACGACUGAAGCUGCUAGAGGACGAAGACAGGCAGAAAAAGAAAGUAGCCAGAAUGGGAUUUAAUGCAUCUUCUUUGCUGCAAAAGAGCCAGCUGGGUUUUCUCAACACCACCAAUUAUUGCCGGUUAGCCCAGGAACUGCGACUGAGCUGCAUGCAAAGACAGAGGGUCCAGAUUCAGAGCUCAGAUCCUUCCGCUCUGGCAAGUGACCGAUUUAACCUCAUACUGGCGGAUACCAACAGUGACCGGCUCUUCACAGUGAACGAUGUCAAAGUGGGAGGCUCUAAGUAUGGCAUCAUCAGCCUGCAUGGUCUGAAGACCCCCUCACCCAAGGUGCGGAUGUUCGAAAACCUCUACUUCACCAACCGGAAGGUGAAUUCUGUGUGCUGGGCCUCGCUGAGUCACUUGGAUUCCCACAUCCUGCUGUGCCUCAUGGGACUCGCGGAGACUCCAGGCUGUGCCACUCUGCUCCCAGCAUCACUGUUCGUCAAUAAUCAUCCAGCAAUAGACCGGCCUGGCAUGCUUUGCAGUUUCCGGAUCCCUGGUGCUUGGUCCUGUGCGUGGUCCCUGAACAUCCAGGCAAAUCACUGCUUCAGUACAGGCUUGUCUCGGAGGGUCCUGCUGACCAACGUGGUGACAGGACACCGGCAGUCAUAUGGAACGAACAGUGAUGUCUUGGCCCAGCAGUUUGCUCUCCUGGCUCCUCUGCUGUUUAAUGGCUGUCGUUCCGGGGAGAUCUUUGCCAUUGAUCUGCGUGCUUCAAAUCAAGGCAAGGGUUGGAAGGCCACCCGCCUGUUGCACAACUCGGCUGUAACCUCUGUGCAGAUUCUCCAAGAGGAGGACUCCCUGAUGGCAUCAGAUAUGUCUGGAAAGAUCAAGCUGUGGGACCUGAGGACCUCUAAGUGUCUGAUGCAGUUUGAAGGACAUGUGAAUGAGUACGCCUACCUGCCGCUGCACGUUCACGAGGAGGAAGGAAUCCUGGUUGCAGUGGGCCAAGACUGCUACACGAGAAUCUGGAGCCUCCACGAUGGCCACCUGCUCAGAACCAUCCCCUCCCCGUACCCGGCCGCCAAGGCCGACAUUCCCAGCGUGGCCUUCUCAUCGCGGCUCGGUGGCUUCCGGGGAGCGCCCGGGCUGCUCAUGGCUGUGCGGCAGGACCUUUAUUGUUUCUCUUACAGCUAAUCUGCAAGGUGCAGCCUGGAGGGUGUGGAUUUGAUUUAAGGGCAUAUAGAAUGGUUAUCACCAUUUCUGAUGAGGACAUUUUCAGUGAUGCUCAGUGUACCAGAUCCCAAUCCAUCUGGACACUUGAGGCAAGGCGGUAAAUGUUCUAUGUGAAGACACUUUGUAAAGUUAUUUCAGUUAAGUUGUGGCUCAGAGAGCUUGAAAGUCCUUUUCAUAAAAGGUACCUAUUUCCUUUCCUUGUUGAAUUCCUUAGAAUAGUCCUCUGCCCUUUUUUAAUUCAAAAAGACUUAAUCAUCAAAAGCUUUGGGGAAAAAGAUCCUUUUAUCCUUUUUAUAUUAAGGCUUUUGUCACAGGACUCAUUUGCUCACUGGAGAUAAGACCGAGACGGUGAGAUGGAAAGUGAGAAAUCACCCCCAACAGGGGAUGGCUACACCACAGUCCCUUCUUCAUUCUACUCUUGAGAUUUUGGACACGCACACACGAGUGCCCAGUGUAAUUUCCAAGCAGCCAGGUCCAGGACUCGAACCACGAUCAACCACAGUGGGAGUUUUAAUGCCUUAACCACCACGGUACCUGAUGGCCCUAAAGAAGAGAUAAUUUUAAGUGAUGGAAGUUUUAAACAAUCCUUAACAUGACUU